AUGCGCGGGCUGCUCUUUGUGCGACCUCUUAUCGGGGCGCUGCUCCUUGCAGCGCUCCCCUCUGUCAUCGCCGACUCGUGCUAUGAUUCUGACGGAGAUCUAGCCUCGAGCAACGUUGCCUGCUCCGACGAUGGAAACGUGACCUGGUGCUGCAGCGAUGGAUAUUAUUGCAUGUCGAACAGGUUGUGUGAAUGGCAGACGGGGGACUUUUAUCAGGGAACCUGCACCGACGAGACUUGGGAGUCAUCCGAGUGCCCUAAUAUCUGUGGCGACGAUGGUAACCCGGAGGUCUGGGAGUGUUCCACUUCAGAGGGAACCUUUUGCUGUGGCGGAACCGACGGGUCCUGUUGUGACAACUCAACCGAGAUUAUCACCCUGGGCCAGGCAAUGACCAUCGGAUAUAUCAACAAUGGAACCCUGUCAGUGAUGACCACAUCAUCGACGACAACGACAAGCACCGGCUCGACAACUUCCUCCUCAGUGACCACCACCACAGGGGAUACGUCUACCACCGUCACGACGACGACAUCCACAUCAACAACCGGCACACCCACCAAUACUUCAGGCUCUACUGGUGGAGGUAACAGUGGCGGUAGCUCCUCCAGCGAUACCGGUGCUAUCGCCGGAGGUGUCGUCGGCGGGGUGGCCGGACUGGCCGCUCUGGCUGUGUUGGCAUGGUUCUUGUGGCGCCGAAACCGACAAAAGACUCACAAAACGGACCUGUCGCCCAAUCUGCAGCGCGCGGAGCUCUCGACCGAUGGUAACUACCACAGCGUUCCACAAAUGGAACAUCCCCAGGAGCUAGAGUCUGUCCAUUUGGCCGGCUCUACUCAGGCAAAUACACUGUCGGCCAGCGACCCAAGCGAGGUUGAUGCUCGGGAUUCGACCAUAUAUGAACUGGGACCUUCUCGGUAG